AAAUGCCAGAAAUAGAGAACGAGAGAAUCUUACCGAGAGCGAGAGAGAGAGAGAGAGAGAGAGAGAGUGAGUUGAGAUGGGUUCUCCUUCGUUGUCAGCUUCUUCCUCAUCUUCAACUGGGAAAUGCAAGCGAGGACUUGGAUGGAUGGAAUGGCUGAGAGGGUGGUUCUAUGUGAUAUACGAAUUUCUCUUUCAAAGGAUUACGGCGAGCCAUCUUGAGAACCCAAUGUCUUUGCCUCCGCUCAACGAUCUCACCUGCAUCAUAACCGGCUGCACGAGUGGAAUUGGCCUCGAAAUGGCAAGGCAGAUGGCAGAGUCAGGGGCACAUCUUGUUAUGGCAGUGAGGAACCCCAAGGCAGCUCAUGAGUUGAUCCAGAAGUGGCAAAAUGAAUGGUCUGGAAUGGGACUCCCCCUAAACAUUGAGGUGAUGGAGCUUGAUCUUCUCUCAUUGGAUUCUGUUGUGAGAUUUGCUGAAGCAUGGAAUGCUCGUUUGGGACCUCUGCAUGUUUUGAUCAAUAAUGCAGGCAUCUUUUCAAUUGGAGAACUGCAGCGGUUUUCAAAGGAUGGGUAUGAGGAACACAUGCAAGUGAACCAUCUGGCUCCAGCAUUGCUUUCGAUAUUGCUUUUGCCAUCUCUUAUUAGAGGCUCUCCGAGUCGCAUUAUUAAUGUGAACUCCAUUAUGCAUUUUGUCGGCUUUGUUGACACAGAAGACAUGAAUGUCGUUUCUGGAAAAAGGAAGUUUACAAGUUUAGUUGGAUACUCAAGUAGCAAGCUAGCACAGGUCAUGUUUAGCAGCAUCCUGCAGAAGCGCCUACCUGCUGAAGCUGGCAUUAAUGUUGCAUGUGUCUCACCUGGCAUUGUCCACACAAAUGUUGUAAGUCUGCUGGAAUCGUUUGAUUAAUAUUUCUAUUUAUAGAUAUUGUUUUUUUUUUGU